AUGCAACCUGCCCUCUCAAACAUGUCCCAGUUUCCCCCUCUGGUUGACUGGGAGGCGCCCACCUUCACCCGAGCCGCCCAAUUCCGUGUCUGCGCCACCUUAAUCCUCUUCCUAUUUGCUGCCUGCAGCAACCUUGCGUUAUUGGUCAGUGUGUGCCGGGGGCGUGGCCGGCGCCUGGCUUCUCACCUGCGACCACUCAUCAUGAGCCUGGCUACCGCCGACCUGAUGAUGACCUUUGUGGUGAUGCCACUGGACGCCAUUUGGAACAUCACGGUGCAGUGGUAUGGCGGAGACGCCAUGUGUAAGAUGCUGUGCUUCCUCAAGCUGUUUGCCAUGCACUCGUCAGCCUUCAUUCUGGUGGUGGUCAGUCUGGACAGGCACCACGCCAUCCUGCACCCGCUGGACUCACUCAACUCCCACCACAGGAACAAGAGGAUGCUGGGUUUGGCCUGGGGCCUUAGCGUGCUUCUGGCCUUACCACAGGUGAGUUAAAACCCAGGUAGCCUUGUUUACUAUAAAUAGUGUGGCACACCAAGAACUUCAAGGUAAAUUCCUGUAAAAGGUUAAAGGGAUUUUGUUCAUUCCUGGUAUGUUGUUGAGAUGACGUGUUCAUGCCAAGUGCAGCUCUAGCUGUGGGUUUGUCAAGGCACUUAGACAUUUAUAUUUACAUUUUAGUAAUUUAGCAGAUGCUUUUAUCCAAAGCUACUUAGAGUAAGUGCAUUAACCUUAAGAUAGCUAGUUGAGGGACUACCGAAUGGUGCAGCGGUCUAAGGCACUACAUCACAUUGUAGCGGCGUCACUACAGCCUGCUGUUCGAUCCCAGGCUGUGUCCUUACCGGCCGUGACCGGGGGUCCCAAAUGGCGGCGCACAAUUGGCCAGUGUAAUCCGGGUUAGGGGAGGGUUUGGCUGGGGGGCUUUACUUGGCUCAUUGUGCUCUAGCGACUCCUUGUGGCGGGCCGGGCGCCUGCAGGCUGACUUUGGUCGUCAGUUGAACAGUGUUUCCUCUGACACAUUGGUGCAGCUGGCUUCCGGGCUAAGUGAGCGGGUGUUAAGAAGCGCGGUUUGGCGGGUCAUGUUUCGGAGGACGCAUGACUCGACCUUCGCCUCUCCCAAGCCCGUUGGGGAGUUGCAGUGAUGAGACAAGAUCGUAAUCACAAAAAAAAUAAGAUAGCUUAUCACAGUUGUAGUAAGUACAUUUUUACUCAAUACAGUAGUUAACAGCAAAUUCAGUGCUAGUAGGAAAAGACAAGUGCAAUUCAUUUUUUAUUUUUUGGGUUGAGGGGGAGAGACUAAGAUGUCUUAUUUAAGAUAUUAUUUGAAGAGACAGGGUUUCAGUUGUUUUCGGAAGAUGGGGUGGGACUCUGCUGUCCUAGCUUCAGGGGGAAGCUCGUUCCACAAUUGGGGUGCCAGGACAGAGAAGAGCUUUGACUGGGCUGAGCGGGAGUGUAGACAUAAUCAAUCAGUUUGCACAGAUGUUUCAAGUACCAGUUCACACUCUCGACCCAGUGGAUGUUGGGAGAUGACAGGGGAAAGGAUGGCUGAGGUCACCAUUUGUGACAGAUACUGAAUUAAUCUGGUAAAGGUCAAGCGUACAUCUAAUACACACACAUACACACAGUGACUAACGAGGAGGCAUUACCUACGAUUCUGUUCCUGCAUGGUGUGCUGUACUCAACUGUCAUCUCAUCCAGAAACUGAAACAACUCUUUGCCUACUGUACACACAUACUGAUGGACCUAGCUGGGGAUUUAAUGAACUUAGGCUGGGGAUCUCCCUGGCUCUUUGGCAAUGUGUUCCUUGGAUCAAAAACACAAUCCUGUGAAAAAUGCUUUCCUGAAAAACAAAAACAGUGCAUUAAGGAUUAUGUGAAAGCGAUAGUUAAUGGUGCACUGGUCUGUGAGGACAGCUGGUGUAGAGUGAAAUGUGGAUGGAUGAGUUCAUUGAUUUGCUUUGACAGGGAAAUCAAAUAUUUCCUCAGAACUUCACAGUGGUUUAUGCCUUGUAAUAUAAUCUUUUUUUAAUUACGAGAAGAAAAAAAACAUGCCCCACAGUGUGAUCUUGAAUAUGUUUUGGGCUACAACCAAUUCAAGAUCACACUGCGGGGCAUGUUUUUGUCCUGUAAAAAAAAAAAUAUAUAUACUGUAUAUAAGUCAUCUGAUUUAUAAUGUAGCCUAAGGAAAUACACUAUACAGUACAUAGCUUAAUGUAGUUAGGAUUGUUCUUGGGUAUAUUCCUGCACAGUAUGUGAAAUGGUUUUAAAAAAUAAUGGCAUACUACUGCACCACAACUUCAAAAUAGUCCAGACUUCUCUACAUUGUUUGGAUGAGAGUGACUGCGCUUGAAGGGGGGAGAGUGUCAGGGUGUGGGACGGGAUGUUGAAAGGGGGGGGAAAUGGCAUGCGUCCCUCAUGAGGAUAGAUUUAUGAAUCUGAGGAGACAAAUAAGCCUAAUUUGCUGUCAGAGUGGCGCUGGGGCUGCUGUGAGUUUUAUCAGUGCACCUGCUGCUAGGCGAGUGAUUCACCACAGAGCAUGAGUAUCUUGAACGUCUCGCCUCAGGCUCUUCCCCUGUAAUUUAAUUUUCAGGGCUGCAGAGUGCAGAGGGGCGUGACAGGAUUUACGUAUCAGUGCCGCACCGUCAGAGGUCCCACGUAAUCACCGCCCGUAUGCAGCAAAGGGGCAAGGACAAGGGGGUAGAUAGACAGAUAGGGAUAUGCCUUCUGGAGUCUUCCUGGAAAUGAGGAGGCAUUUCAGCGAAAAAAUCUUUAAAUUCCUAGCAUGCUGAUAUUAGUUAGUUCAUUGUGCCCCCCAGAGUGUGAAAUGUGAUUAUAUUACUGAGAAUUAGGAAAGUGCAACAUCAGCCGGGGAAGGAGGGAGACGUUGUAAAAGCAAGUAUUUAAACACGGAAAACAAUCAAAUGUUUUGUUAAUACAUAGGGAAUUGGAAAACAAGUAAAACUGCAUUGGUGCAAAAAACUAACACAACUCUGCCCCCAACUCAGAUUGGAUACAAUUAUAAAAUUGUAAACCAUAAAUCAAUUCAAUAUUUAUAUAUGUCUGUCAUGGUGAUUUAUGUCCCCAAAUCAUUUUGAAAGCCAUUUCAGAAUAUGGAUCCACCUUGAAAGUUAUUGUGACAAGCAUUCAAUAAAAUGCUACUGACCACUGCAUUAAUUCAUCAGAAAAGACUGCAGACAUGACUCAGCCACUGCAUUUUCUCAUUAAACCACCCCUUUUCUGGCCAGUGCUCUGGCACAAAAUAGCAGCCAACACCUCAACUGAGUGUUAUACUUUGAAGGCAGAUUAAAUGAUCCCCAACACAACCUAAAGUAGUACUGUAGUAGCCGAGUGUAUACCUGUGUGAAAGGUACUACUGUAUUUACAGUAGGUGGAUUGUCAUACAUCUUAGAUGUUGUGGUUGUUGUUACUCAUUGACUUCCUGUUCCCCAGCUGUUCAUCUUCCGGGCCAUCAAGGCCGAGGGCGUAGACUUCACCCAGUGUGUAACCCAUGGCAGUUUCAAAGAGCGAUGGCAGGAGACGGUCUACAACAUGUUCUACUUCGUCACUCUCUACGUGUUCCCGCUGCUGGUCAUGAGCUUCUGCUACACACGCAUCCUCAUUGAGAUCAAUCAGCAACUCCACAGGAACAAAGGUACAAGUUAGCUAUUCCAAUCUGGCAACCACAAUACUUGCAUGGCCAAAAUGGCAACCUCAGGAGGCCUAUAAGCUGUUCCAACAUUAAUUAUACAUUGACAAUGUUUAGGAGAGAUAUGAUAGCUGCAUUAGCUUUAGGAUGCUACUAACCAGUGCCAUACUUUUCCAGCUGGCGAGUCCUGCCUGAGACGCAGUGGUACAGACAUGAUCCCCAAAGCACGAAUGAAGACUCUAAAGAUGACCAUCAUCAUCGUGAUGUCCUUCGUGGUCUGCUGGACGCCCUACUACCUCCUGGGUAUCUGGUACUGGUUCCAGCCGGAGAUGCUGCAGGUCACGCCUGAAUACAUCCACCACGCCCUGUUUGUCUUCGGCAACCUGAACACAUGUUUUGACCCGGUCAUCUAUGGCUUCUACACGCCCUCGUUCCGGGCCGACCUGGCCAUGUGCUGGUGCUAUAGGAGAAGGGACAUUGAUAUGUCGCCCAGGUCUCUGGACCGCCUGUCCGCCCACCAGGGCCCCCACAGCGGAGAGCAGGACUCUGACGCCCCCAGUGUGGACCAGACCAAAGAGACUGGAGGUGACGGUAGAUGA